UGACGUUCUGGAAACUAAAUUAAUUAUUUAUUAUCGUUUAUUGUUUUCAACAAUGCCAAAGAGAUCACGUUCGAGGUCUAGAGACCGGGAAGAUCGGAAAACUUGUAAAAAACUCAAGUUAAUGCAGGAACAAAUUGAUAACCUAACAAAAUGUAUGACGGAGUUUAUUCAAAGCCAAAAAAAGGAAAACAAUACUCCAGAUGUUGUGGAGGCUAAUAAAGAAAAUAUACCAGAGAUAUCUAAUAAAGACUCUGACAAAUCUACAAAUAAUUGCAACUUGCAACUCUCCCCUUCUUCCGACGUUGAUAUUAUUACACCCGAGGAUAAUAUUCAAGAAUCAACUGAAGCUCCACAAGACUGGAACCAGGAGUUCCUAGAAAUGAUGGGAGAGGAAUUACCUUGCUCUAAUGCAACCACAAAUAUUGAUGAGACUAUCCAGAAACAGUGAACUAAUUGGAUCACAAAGGGUCUAACAGAGGAGACUCGAAAGGGUCUUAUCAAAAAAUAUUCUAGAGAAGGACCUCUUCGCACCGAAGCACCCAAAAUAAAUAUGGAGAUAGUGAGCCACUUAACAGAAAUUGCUAAAAAGAGAGAUCAGCACUUUGCCGACACCCAAAAUUGUGUGGGUACGGGCCUGAUUUCACUCGGGUCAGCUAUAUCAAUGUUAAUGGAAAACCCCGAAGAGGGAGUUGACCACAUGCAACUCAUGAAAUAUCUGUGGGACACUGGAAAAAUUAUGACAGAUAUAUUUCAUCAACACUCAGUUGCAAGAAAGUCUUUCAUUACACCAAAUCUUGAUAAGGACAUUAGAUCUACCCUAGAAGCGACAGAUUCUGACGAAUGGCUUUAUGGUCUCAAACUAAACGAACAAGUUAAAGAUGCCAAAAAUAUAAAGAAGACUUCAGCUUCACUUAAGGCACCAGAAAGACCACCAGCUAAGAAGCCAUACCAACCAUACCAACAGCCCUAUCACUCCUAUCAGCCCUACCAGGUAAACUGGAGAGGCCCACCUGCGAGACCCAGACAGGUGGGCUAUUAUCCACGGAGGCAAUUCACCAAUGUGAGAUACAAACCGAAGCCAUUCCAGACGAAGUCUUCACAGAAUGCAGGACGCUCCACGACACAAAAACAAAACCGUCCAGCAUCGAAGAAGUAGAGGUAAAUUAUACUGCAGGUCGCCUGCAACAUUUUGUGGAUAUAUGGAAAACUAUUACAACUGAUGACUUCAUUAUAAAUUGUAUCAGAGGUUAUGGUAUAACUUUCAAAAACAAACCUUUUCAAUUCAGAGAGCCAACUCUCAGCUGGCCUCCGGGUGAAUUUAAAAAGAUACAACUAGAAAUAUCGACACUUUUAUCUAAAGGGGCUAUUGAAAUAUGUUCAGAUUGCGAGGGACAAUUUGUGUCAUCCUACUUCCUAGUUGAAAAACCAGAUGGAUCUUAUAGAUUUAUUAUUAAUUUGCAAAAAUUAAAUGAGUUCAUAGAAACUUCUCAUUUUAAAAUGGAGGAUCUUAGAGCAGCCAGAGACUUAAUUUCCCCAAAUAUGUAUAUGGCAACAUUAGACUUAAAAGAUGCCUAUUUUUUAGUCCCAAUGUGUAAAAACAGCAGAAAAUAUUUAAGGUUUAGAUUUGAUGGUAUUUUGUAUCAGUUCACAUGUCUCCCAUUCGGGUUAUCCACCAGUCCUUAUAUUUUUACUAAGAUCAUGAAACCCGUUAUGAAUAAUAUACGCCUAAAUGGCUGGUUAUCCUUAGUUUACUUAGAUGAUUUACUGUGCAUUAGUGAUACAUAUGAAUCCUGUAAAAAUAAUAUAAAAAAUAUUAUUACAUUUAUAGAAAAACUAGGAUUUAUUAUAAAUUAUAAGAAAAGCCAUACAAAUCCAAGUAAAAGAUGCAAAUACCUUGGUUUCUUUUUAGACUCAGAAAAAUACUCAGUUGAUUUACCAGAUGAUAAGAAAAAUCAAAUUAUAAAAUUCUUAAGCCAUUUUAAAGUAGGAAAUCAGUACAAGAUCCGCCUUUUCGCGCAACUGCUAGGAGUUUUAGUUGCAGCAUCACAUGCAGUUCAAUAUAGUAAAAUAUAUUGUAAGAGACUAGAGAGAGCUAAAUGGUUAGCGUUAACUGUAAAUAAUGAUGAUUUUGAAGGCUAUAUGAAAAUUACUGAUUAUGUCAAAGAAGAUCUUACUUGGUGGCACAUAAAUGUAUUGACUGGUUCUAACCCCAUACGCACAAAGAAAUACAAAAUAAUUAUUUCCUCAGAUGCAUCUAGGUCAGGCUGGGGCGCAGAAUCCAAUUCAAUAACUACCCGUGGAUUCUGGAGCCAGGAUGAUAAAAAAUUUCACAUAAAUUAUCUUGAGCUCCUAGCUGCCUUUUUCGGAUUAAAGUGUUUUGCCUCUAAACUCAGUAACUGUGAAAUUCUAAUGCGAAUAGAUAAUACUACAGCUAUUUCUUACAUUAAUAAGGCCGGAGGUGUCAAAUUUCCCCACUUGAGUGAAUUAGCCCGUAAAAUAUGGCAGUGGUGCGAAAGCAGAAAAAUAUGGAUAGUAGCUUCAUACAUUGCGUCAAAAGAUAACGUCGACGCAGACGCUGCUUCUCGCGAUACGAACUUAGACACCGAAUGGGAGCUAGCGGGCAAAUAUUUUAAGCAAAUUGUUAAAAAAUUUGGUACCUGUAGUAUUGAUCUGUUCGCAUCCAGAAUUAAUACCAAGUGCAAAACAUUUUGCUCCCGUUACCCUGAUCCAGAAGCUUCAGUAGUAGAUGCUUUUACGAUUUCAUGGGAAAAAGAACAUUUCUACGCCUUUCCCCCUUUUGCUGUAAUAUUGCCAGUAUUGAGGAAAAUAAUUAAUGAUAAAGCAACAGGGAUAGUAGUUGUACCAAAUUGGCCCACGCAAGCGUGGUACCCGAUGUUUACAUCACUUUUAUGUGAAUCUCCUAUAAUAUUGGAACCUUCAACUGACCUACUACUUUCUCCUUGCAGGAGCAGAAUACAUCCUCUAUCACACAAACUUUCUCUAGUGGUAGGGA